CCAGUGAAAUUCCCUCUUUAGCUCUGCGUUCUACUCUUCGUGGCUUCUAGGUCUUGCGUAGUUGAAACAUGGAAAACCAACCAAGGCAGCAAGCAGCCCCAGAGAGGAUUCCGGCGGUCAGGCAGAAGGUAGAAGAGAAGGGAAGUCACGUACGAGGGAGGUCAGGCUUUCGUGCACCUAGUACAGUGGACCCGUCCAGGAACCCUCGGGAUCCAACAGGUGAAAUCACGUUUAAAAUCCCUCGUAAUAUUAAGUUUGUGCCUUCCGACGCCGACUCACUCGUCAAUACCAGUUUCGACCAGUCAAUGGACACGCUAAAGCGGGACGCCUGGUUUACAUUGAUGUCUGAUAACAACCAUAACCUCACUCUUCGCUCAAUCCUCGACAAAGAUAAGUUGAACGGGUCUAACUUCUUAGACUGGCAAACAAACCUCGUUAUUGUUCUUCAACUCGAGAAGAAAGAAUGCGUGCUCAAACGAGCCAUCCCACCUGUACCGGCCGCCAAUGCUUCUAGAGCUAUCAAAGAUACUUAUGAGAAGCACGUUGAUGAUGACAAUCAGGUGGCAUGUCUCAUGUUGGCUAUGAUGACUUCUGACCUUCAGGAACAUCACGAGAGUAUGAAGGCUUGGAAACCCCGUUGCAAGAUGAUUGGCUACGUCCAAACUCUUGAGAAAUUGGGUUUCGAACUAGAGACUGAACUUGCAACUGAUCUGAUUCUGCAAUCGUUGCCAGAAUUGUACAAGCAGUUUGUGGUUAAUUACGAGAUGCAUGAACUCGAUAAACCACUGCCAGAACUUUUGAAGAUGCUGCAAACUACCGAAGAGAGCUUGACGAAAGGAAAGGGGAAUUCUCUACUCCUAGUUCAAGGAGGAAAAGGCAAGAAGAAGUUCAAAAAGGCAAAGAAGAAUGGGCCUAAAGGCAAGGGUAACACCGAGCCAAAGUCCAAUUCUUCCAAGCUCAAGGCUAAGGGUGGAGUGGCCAAAGAUUCCAUUUGUCAUCACUGUGGAGAAGUUGGCCACUGGAAGAGGAAUUGUAAGCAGUAUUUGGCAACCAAGAAAAAAGGUGAAGCUUCUGCUUCAGCAUUAAGCAGGCAUCCAUCAUUAGAGUAUAAAGAGAGUUAUCUACUCUUCGGCAGAGACCUCUCCGCUCUUGUUGUUGUUAUUGUGCUUCCUUGCAUACCUCUGGUUCCUCAGGAAUUUGGGAUCCAUCCCUUUCGUGGAGGAGUUGCGGUGAACUUUAGGCUUCUUGAUGCCAUUCCGGUGAGCCUUGUAGGACUGGUUGUGGGCGGUGUGGUUCUUCAACUUCGCCAUUGCUGAUUCUCUCUGUCGUCGUUUGCUAGGGUUUCGG